AAUAUGAUAAAGAGAUUAACAAGGUUUCAUGUGAUAGCUUUACUUGACUUAAAAUAUCAAUUAGCAUAUUAUUUGUCUAAAAUAUUGUGAAUUUAAUGAAUAUAAAAUGUGAUAAAAUUAUGGGAAAAAUAAAAAAAAGUGAAUCAUAAUUCAUAAGUCAAUUGAUUUCUAUCAUUCAAUCAUUGAAUAAGGUUUAGUGAUUUGCUUUAAAAUAAACUGAAACAAUGAGUUUGAAGAAACCAGAAGAAUAUUCACUUCUAAAUAUAGUUAGUGGUUAUCGAGUAAUUCAACAAAAGGGUGAACGACGACUCGGACCACCAAUUAAUUGCACAGAUAUUACUAAACCCGAAAAAGGAUGUGAAAUAUAUAUCGGAGGACUUCCUCGAGAUUUAUUUGAAGACGAGUUAUUUCCAUUUUUAUCAUCAAUUGGCACUAUAUAUCAGAUACGAUUAAAAGUGCACUUUAGUGGCCUUACGAGAGGAUAUGCUUUCGCCACUUAUACAAAGCCAAGUGAUGCUAUCCGUGCCGUUCAAGUACUUAACAGAAGAGAAAUUAGACCAAACCAUCCAAUAGGUGUUCAGUUAAGUUUCGAUAACAAUCGGCUUUUUAUCGGUAAUCUUCCACAAUAUGUGACUCAAAAGCACGUAAUUGAAGAGUUGUCACAUAAAACACAAGGAUUGGUGGAUGUGGUGGUUCGGCACCGGAAUAACAACUCGACAGGAAUGUCAUCUCUUGGUUUCGCAUUUGUUACAUAUCAAUCUCAUUGGCACGCAUCGAUGGCCAGAAGGGUUUUAUUGCCAGAUUUAAAAUCGGGAAAACUACAUAUGUUUGGCACACAAGUGAUGGUGAAUUGGGCGAUACCUACUAUACCUAAUAUACACACAUAAAUUUAUUUUGUUUAACUUUUAUAUGAUGGUUGGAAAGAUCGUCUGAGUAAAAUAAUAAUAAUUAGACAAUAAUCUAUGACAAGUAAAUUGUAUUAAUUGUUUGUUGAAGUGAAACUGCAUUUUGUUAAUUAUUUGCUGUAUUUCUAUUAUAAAAAUUAUAUAAUUUUAAGUUAUAU